AUGCCUCCGCCACGGCUGCCGGCAGAAAGCAACGCGGGUGCCUCGUCGUCCCUCACACGCCAAUCGCGCUCCGACUCUGUUGCACGACUGCCAAACCGGCUUUCACUCACCUUGCCGAUUGCCUUGCCGAGCAGCGACCCGUCGAGACCGAUAUGCACAGCCGCCAACUUGACGCCCUCGUCCGCAUCGCCGGCUCCCGAGAACAAGUCUUCACUGCCUUGCCCUUCCAAUGUCAAUGAGUUCAUCAUUGCGAUUGCCGCCAAGGAGCGAAAGGUUCUCGAGUUGAAGGAGGAGCUGGCGAGGGAGGAAGCAGAGCUCGCAUCGUUGAAGAAGCAAUUCUCCUGCGCAAACCCGCCCCAUCAGAGGGCAAACACGCAUCGCAUGGAUCUAGGCAACAGAUCGUCGAGCACGUGCACAGCAGACCUCGAGGCCGCUUCACCCAGACGGAGCAUAGACAUGGAACGUAAGAGUCAGCUGCUUCAGACCCAAGGCACUCCCAACCAGAACAAAAGAAGAGUCCUGCGCGGCGGCCACACACGUGCGCUGUCGCUCCUCUCGCCAGCAAGGCCGAGUUCCGAGUUUUCAGCUCUGCAUGACCAAGUCCAGGAUAGCUCUCGGUUUCCUCCCCUUGACGGCAGAGCCAACCAUGUCGCCCACUCUUCGCCUCCAAAAAGGGCAUCGUGGCAGCCUCUGUCCCAGCAGAGCUCGCCCGUGGUGCCUCAGCUCAUGCAAGAUCUCAAACUCGGGCUGAGGGCGUUUGUGGAGGAUAUACGGCAAAUCACGAUUGGCGAUGAGCCGAUCAGGGGGCAGCCUCAGCAACGAAGCCCUCGGGGCAGCCACUCGCGCACCGCAUCGUCGAGCCAAGCCCUUUACGCCGAGGGGGCCAGUCGUGGCAGGACUGCGCCAGCAGCAUCGCAGACGGCUAGCACAUGGGAACAUGCCGCCGCCGCCGCCGCCGCCGCUGCUGCUGCUGCUCAUGCCCCUGCGCCGGCUCCCCCGACGCCCAGCAGAAGACGUGAGCACGUCUCCCUGGAAAAUCCCAAACCCGCGAAAAGCAAGCACUUUUCCUGGACCCCGCUAGGUUUUGAUUCCAUGGACGACACGGACUGGGCGAACUGGGAGUCUCCGGUUCCCAGCAAGACCACGCGUUGGAGCGGAUCGACAAUCCAUGGGGAUGUAAUGGACGACAUGCAGUCCAUUCCCGAAAACGCGGCGGAAAGCGCCAAGCCAAUCAAGACGAGUGGCGGCCGCGAGGCGUCGAUACUGUCUCCCACCAAGCUCGAAGAACUGCUCCCAAACGUGGUGAACCGGCUGUCGCCGAGCAAUCUCAAACGGACGGCCAACAACCUGAUGGACGAGUGGGAAAAAUCGCUUGUGGCGCCUCCCGCGGCGGGGGAGGUGGCCAACAAGGAAAACGCAGCAUGA